AUGAAACUCCUGGUUGCCGCCUUCCUCGUGGCUACAGCUACUGCUACACCCGAAGGAUACAGGUCUUCCGGGCCCUCUACAGGAGGCUCAUCUGGCAAAGGAUUUUCUCGUGGAGGAGGAUUCUCUGGUGGAGGUUUCUCCGAUGGACGACAAUUCUCUAAUGGAGGAGGUUUCUCUGGCGGAGGAGGAUUCUCAGGCGGAAGAGGAUUCUCUAGUGGAGGAAGGCACUCUGGCGCUAGUGGACCUUCAUCUUCCUCAGGACAGGGGGGAUCUAGAGGAAGAUGUAAUGUAGGAGAGAUCCGACAUGUAGACGGGUCUUGCGUCACUCCAGUCGUUACCAGAAAUGUAUUCGUUUACGACGCCCCUGAACAACCCCAACAGCAGAAUGGUUCACCAGCAAACGUUCCACCGCCGAGAAUUAAUCACAACAUCCUCUUUGUGCGUAUUCCUGAAGGAGGUACAGGUCCCGAGCCAAUUGUUAUACCACCACCAAGGCAGGAGAAUGUUGUAUACGUCCUUAACAAGAAUGAGGGAGGAGGAGGACAGCGAGUUAUCGAGGUACCUGCUCCUCCUCCUUCUGAUCCUGAGGUGUUCUUCGUCAAUUAUGCAGAAGGAGAAAAUCCUAGACUCCCUAUCGGCGUGGAUCUCCAGACGGCUCUACAAGCGGCUGCCAAUGGAGGAGGACGAGUCUUAGGUGGCGGCGGAGGUGCAGGAGGUGCUGGAGGUGGAGGCACUGGCGUUGGGGGAGGGCAAGGGGGUGCCGUGUUUGGAAGUGGUUUUGGAGGAAAUGGAGGAGUUGGCAAUGCUUCGGGUGGUGGACUUAGAAGUGGUGCUAGACAAAGAGGAGGUGGAAUCGGCAAUGGCUUUAGUGGAUCAGGUAGUGGAUUUGGUGCUAGCUCAGGAAGAGGACUUAAUACUCCAAGCGGUAGUUAUGGUCCACCCAAAUGA